AUGACUUACAAAGUAGAUAAGAAAGCAAUCAGAAGGCUAUACUUAAUGAAGAAUUCAGGAAAUCCGGACAUUUGUUCUUCUCUCUCCAGACUUGUGGAAAUAGGAAAUCCAUACCUAACCUUUAUACUCCAAGCCAUGUUUCAAAAUAUGCUUUCUGAAACAUCAUGCCCGGCACCAUUCGCCAUUCUCAUGAGGAGCAGUAAGAUAGUCAAUUAUAUAGUCAGACGGAUUAUAGGAAAAGAUAUAAUAUUAGAAGCCAGGGAUGGGCCUAGGAAGUGUGACGACAGUAAAUGGGAUGAGAACGACUAUGUCGAAGUCAUGAAGUUUCUCUUGAACCUGGAAAAGGCUAAUAGAAGGAUAUCAUAUAUUGAUAAUCCCUUCAUUUUAUAUGUAGUGUCGAAGAUCUCGGAGGUGGAAAAAGCAAGGUUGAUUAGAUUCUUAGAGAUCUCUCCCCUCUGUAUAUUAAUAAUGAAGACCAUGAAUACUAACAGCCUUUCGGGCAUCCAUUUAGAAGUUAUCAAUUUCCUGAAAGUCAAAGACAUGACAUAUGAGGAAGGGUUCAUGUAUAUUCAUGAGUCUUGUGCGGACUUUAAGGCCCUAAAGAGAGAGUUUUUGAAGUCCAGAUUUCCACAAAUACAAAGAUACUUCCAUGUGCUGAUGGACUUCUACCCUGAAAUGAUGUUUGGGGCAAGAAAGCCUUAUGCCAACAGGAUGAAGAUAUUUGGGGAUCCUCUUUCAAUACCGAUCAAGCCAAGGCUGUUGUGUGUUUAUAUAUCUGCUUGUGUAUAUUUUAUAAGAAGAAAGUAUGAGGCCCUGGGGCAGGAAAAGAACUUGGAUGUGCUGAUGAAGGCCAUUUACAUUGAAAGAAUCCUUUCAACCUGCCCCAAAAGACGUCUCUUAAAAGAAGUGAUUCAUCAGCUGAUUCUUGACACACCUAUUCUUGUGAAGGUUAUUGUAAUGAGAAGAUUUCCGUGCAAUCUUGUUAGGAAGAUGGUUGAAUGUGUGCCAUCCUUCCAUCUUGCAUAUGAACUAUCACUAAAGAUUCUUUGUAAGAAUCCCAAUGACAGCUUCUAUGAAGCAUUGGUUGAGGAACUCCUCAAGAAGUAUCCAACAGAAAGUAAUGUGAGGAAGUUUGGUGCCUGUGCUCACCUGUUUGGCAAGCCUCUUCUAGAAAGGUUGAGAUAUCUUACAGAUGCAUGCUCUUAA